AAAAUAAUUCAUCGGCAAUUACCUUCCUCGGGAAGUGCGAUUUUCCUUUACUUUGGCUCCUUAUCCCUAAUUAGUAAUCACAACCGAAUUUUGUAACACGGAAAUUCGCCGAUUAUACGAUCACCAAUAGAUUAUAAUUGCAGCAAGAUUUCUGCAUCUAUAUCUGAAUUGGGUCGUGUUUGUUUGUACAAUAGUUGGAAAUUUUUUUUUCUAGAGGGAAUGGAAGGAGCAGAUUACUUAGCUGCUGAGAGGAAGAAGACGGAGUUCGAUGUGGAAGAGAUGAAGAUUGUGUGGGCGGGCUCCCGCCACGCCUUUGAAGUCUCCGAUCGCAUUUCCAAGCUCGUUGCCAAUGAUCCUGCCUUCCGGAAGGAUGAAAGAACUAUGCUUCCUAGGAAGGAGUUGUUUAAAAACACUCUUAGGAAGGCAACUUAUGCAUGGAAACGAAUCAAUGAGCUUCGUUUAUCUGAGGAAGAGGCUUCAAAACUCAGGUUUUAUGUCGAUGAACCUUCCUUUACUGAUCUUCAUUGGGGUAUGUUUGUUCCUGCAAUCAAAGGUCAAGGUACCGAUGAACAACAGCGGAAGUGGUUGCCUUUGGCCUAUAAGAUGCAGAUUAUAGGCUGUUAUGCACAAACUGAACUUGGUCACGGCUCUAACGUUCAAGGCCUUGAAACUACUGCAACAUUUGAUCCUCAAACAGAUGAAUUUGUCAUUCAUAGUCCUACAUUGACUUCAAGCAAGUGGUGGCCCGGUGGAUUGGGUAAAGUAUCAACUCAUGGGCUGGUCUAUGCUCGUCUUAUAACUGAUGGUCAAGAACAUGGCAUUCAUGGUUUCAUUGUCCAACUACGGUGCUUGGAGGAUCAUAAACCACUCCCAGGUAUCACAAUUGGUGAUAUUGGAAUGAAAUUUGGUAAUGGAGCAUACAACACUAUGGACAAUGGAGUGCUGAGAUUUGACCAUGUGAGAAUUCCAAGAGAUCAAAUGUUGAUGAGGGUUUCCCGAGUUACCAGAGAAGGGAAAGUUGUUGAAUCGGAUGUUCCUCGACAGCUGGUUUACGGUACUAUGGUGUUUGUCCGGCAAACAAUUGUACAAGAUGCUUCUUGUGCCUUGUCACGGGCUGUUUGCAUUGCAACGAGGUAUAGUGCUGUUCGUAGACAAUUUGGCUCACAAAAUGGUGGACCAGAAACCCAGGUGAUUGAUUACAAAACUCAACAAAGUAGGCUCUUUCCUCUGCUGGCUUCUGCUUAUGCAUUCAGAUUCGUUGGUGAGUGGCUAAACUGGUUAUACACGGAUGUAAUGCGAAGACUGCAAGCAAAUGAAUUCUCAACACUGCCUGAAGUUCACGCAUGCACUGCAGGGUUGAAGUCUUUGACUACUUCUGUCACUGCUGAUGGAAUAGAAGAAUGCCGAAAGUUGUGUGGAGGCCAUGGUUAUCUUUGCACUAGUGGGCUUCCAGAAUUAUUUGCUGUUUAUGUCCCUGCUUGCACAUAUGAAGGAGACAACAUUGUGCUGCAGCUACAGGUUGCCAGAAUUCUCAUGAAGACUGUUUCUCAACUGAGUUCUGGAAAGCCACCAGUGGGAACAAUGGCUUAUUUGGGAAGGAUUGAACCUCUGAUGCAGUAUCAGUGUAAUGUUCAAAAAGCCAAGGAUUGGUUGAAUCCUAAUGUGGUACUGGAGGCAUUUGAAGCGAGGGCUGCUAGAAUGUCUGUUUCCUGUGCUCAAAAGUUGAGCCAGUUUUCUUACCCAGAAGAAGGCUUUGCAGAACUAUCAGCUGAUUUAGUUGAGGCAUCCGUCGCUCACUGUCAAUUAAUUGUUGUCUCCAAGUUUAUUGAGAAACUGCAACAAGACAUUCCUGGCAAGAGGGUGAAGCAACUGUUGGAAGUGCUUUGUGGCAUUUAUUCCCUGGCCCUCCUCCACAAACAUCAGGGUGAUUUUCUUGCCACAAGCUGCGUCACCCCUAAACAGGCUUCACUUGCAAAUGACCAACUCAGAGAGUUGUAUACCCAGGUUCGGCCUAAUGCUAUUGCACUUGUCGAUGCAUUUAACUACACGGAUCACUUCCUUGGUUCAAUUCUUGGCCGCUAUGAUGGUAAUGUGUAUCCAAAACUUUACGAGGCUGCAUGGAAGGAUCCUUUAAAUGAAUCCGUUGUACCUGAUGGCUAUCAUCAAUACAUUCGGCCCCUCCUGAAGCAGCAGCUUCGUGCUGCAAAGCUAUAAAGGACGUUCAAGAUUCCACAAGCAUUGAACGUGAAUAAUGUUGUAACUCCAGCAAUAACUCUAGUAAAUUUUAUCCUGGAAUUAACUCCUUGGAGAGUUUCAGUUAUUUAUGAUGCUAGAAAACAAGAUUUGUUUGUUUAAACUGUAAGGAAAGGCAGGUUACUGAGUUGUGUGCUUACGAAGGUAUGGUUUCCCGACUGAAACUUCGACCCUAAUAAAUAUAAACCCAUUUUUCCCAUUCU